AUAAAAGAAUAGGUCUGGAUCUUUGGAAGAGGAAACGACCCGGAAAUUCGGCUGAGUCUUGGGUGCUUCGGUUCGUGACUGAUGUCAUCUCUCGUCUCCAUUCAUUUUUCUUGCCCUUUCUUCACUUCGAAGGAGAGUUUUCAAACCCUGGUUCCUUCAGCCUCUUCAUCAACUCCCUUUCAUCCUCGAUCUAGCUACUAGAUAGCUGAGAAGCAAGACAAGACAAGCGUACACAGCAAAACAAAAUUCCACCAUGGGAAAGCAACGUCGCAAGAAGCGGCAGUCCAACAACAAUAACAACAAGAAAAAGAACGACCAGAACAAGUCCUCACCAAACAAAUCCAACAACGAACCAUCUUCGACACUCUUGCAACGGAUUCGUCACUCGGAUCCACGCACUCGUCAUGCCGCAUUGGCGGCUGUUGCCAAUACCAUGUUGGAUCCUUCCAGCAAUACUCGACUUCCAAAGUCUGUGACAUCGCCACUGUUACAAGCCAUUCGAGAACGAGUCCUCGAUUCCGAUUUGGAUGUUUGUCAAGUGGCAGCGGGAUGUUUGGCCAAUUGCGUCCAAAUUGUGGCGGCUUCUUCGGAUGACAACACUACUACGAGUCAAAAUCAGGCAGCCACGCCCACCCUGACGGCCGGAUGGACAUUGGUCUUGAUGGGUCGAUUGAAACAGUGUCAUGAUCAUGUUGUGGUUGCGACCACCACCACACCACCUGCCAAGAACAACAACAACAACAACAAUAAUCAACAAAAAAAGGUCCAAAAGCAGUGGUUGGCACUGGCGGUACAGUGCUGGAAGACGUUGUGUGUCCUCACCGAAACCAAUCCCGAAGCGGUGGGACGAUUGACAUCGCAGUUGGAUGCCACUCCACGACGCGAGUUUCAUCAAGUUCUGCUCGAAUGGAUGCAGCACUGUUGUGGGCAAUCUACAACAUCUGAUGAUACGGCACAGUAUUACGAACAAAUCAUGACCUUGUCGGCUCGAACGCUGCAUUCGGCAUGGGAUGACAAUGCCGAUCUACUAUUGCCGUGGAAGGAAGAGUGUCCCGAUGCCUUUCGUCAUGCCCUCGAAUUAUUGACCAAAAUUGUUACAGUGUCCCCGGCGGCAGCUGCAUCCACUGGCUUUGUCGUUCCCGUCGUGGCACAACUUCAUUGUGCCGGAGCCAUCUUGGCGGCUCGUCCCUUGAUGACCACACAACAAGCCGUCCAAGUGACACAAGAAACCGUAUUGCCACAUUUGUUACACAAUAGUACGUUUUCCUGGGACACGGCGCAAUCCAUCUUGCAAGCCUAUCAGCAAGCCCAUCAAGCGUGGGAACAAGAACAAGCCGAUGAUGCCUUGGAACGAGACGUCAUUCGAAAGGUGGAGGAUCGAAAAGAACCCGCACGGUUGAUUGCCCGACGACAAAAGGAAAAAAAGAAAGCCGACAAGGCCAUGGAGGAAGAAUCAGAAGAUAAAAAGGACGAAGAUAAAAAGGAAGAUGCCAACAAGGACUCAACGAUGGAAGAAGGAAAAGAAGAAGAGGAAAAGGCGCAACAACAAACCAUGGAAACACGAGAGGCACUGGAAGAAGCCAGGGAUGCCUGGAAUCAAUUCUUGUUGCCGUUGCAGCUGUCGCUCGAGUUGGUGGCCAACUUGACUGGAAGGAAUAGUUUGGAAGAGGACGAUGAUAACGACAAUGACAUGAUGGAAGAGGAGGACUGGGGUCCGGAUCAAGAGGCCAAAUGGAUGCAGCAAGAACAACAACGACAAAUGCAAACCAGCUUGCCCAACAACAAAGAUGAGGAUGCACUGCAAAAGAUUCUACUGGAAAGUGCCUUGCCAAAGCAGCUUGUACAGCUUUUUCGACAAGUUUAUCAUCAGCAACAAACACAAGGAUCGACGACGUUUCCGGAAACAUCAAAGGAAGAUUUGGAAGACUUGCAAUCCAAAACCAUGGCAUGCUUGGGCAACUGCUGGGACAACAUACCUGCCUGGUCGGUCGAAUUGACUUGGCCAGAACUGCAACAGGCAGCAACUACGGCUACCGGAGCCGGAAAGGCCGGACUCGUCAGCGCCAUGGUGAUUGCCUUGAAGACGUAUCCGUCAUUGCGCAAACAGUGGCAACCCGAGCACGUGACGUUUUGGUUGAACGAACUUGCAAAGAAUGAUGAGGAUGCUGCUGUGCGUCGUGAUAUCAUUAGCAUGUUGGGGAUCUUGUGCAGUCAAGAACCUCAUCCCGCCGAAGUGAACCAAAAGAUUUGUAGCACACUGUUGGGGGCAUUGACCAAGGACACUACUUCUGUGAUGAUUCCCUGUGAAGUCUUGAGUGUGCUGAUGGAUAUGUACGGCAACGACGAAGACGAUGGGUGUUGUCAUGUUUCCGUCUUUGAGUCUCUCCAAGUGUUGGGCCACUUUCAGCGAAACAUUCCAGUGCUCAAGUCCAAGCUGAAGCAACUCGAAAAGAACAAUGUCGGCGAUCUGGACAGGGCCGACCUGGAACUAUGGAAGGAGACCGUUUUGAAUGCUUCUCGCUUUAUACAAUACAAAAAAGGGCAGCUGUAAGGCAGUGUUACAAAGGUCAUGAUAUCAUGGUCGUUUAGAAUUACAUGUAGCGAAAGUUUAGAGGAAGCUAGUCUAGCAA